AUGGGUGGCGAGCGGUUUGGUGAGGCGCCUAAUGCUAUGGAGAAUGGUGGUUGGGAGGAGUCAUUGGUUAAAUUUGUGAUUGAUGGUGAUUUCACGCCGCUCCCUGAGAGUAGCCUAAGAAGUGCUAUAAAGGAGAGCUAUUUCAAAGGGAAGUUCAGCCCAGAGCUUACCUCUACACAAGUUGAGAAAUUGAGCUCAUUGUUUCAGCCAAUUACUUUGCUUCCGGAAUCAUCACCCCCACAUGAUGUUGAUAACUGGCCCCCUGCUCCUGCGAGCCAGUCCUCACCUCCCGCCCCCGCCUCCCCACCGCUGCACAAGUGGACACACUCCCCAGAGGUGGCAGCAGAGGACAAAGCCCACCCUGGAGCUGUCUCCACCGCCGCUGCGUCACCCGCAGGGUUCAUCUUCAUGUGCAGCGGCACAACGAAGUCCGACUGCUACCGCCACCGGGUGCUGGGCCUGCCGCGGGGGAGACUGGAGGCCGUCUCCCGGAUCCAACACGGGGCAGCGCUCUUCCUCUACGAAUUCGACACCAAGCACCUCUACGGGCCCUACCACGCUGACUCAGACGGUGGGGUUGACCUUGUUCCCGGUGCCUUCCGUGGCCACUUCCCUGCACAGGUUAAAUUUAUGAUCGAUGGUGAUUUCAUGCCCGUUCCUGAGAGUAGCCUAAGAAGUGCUAUAAAGGAGAACUAUUUCAAAGGAAAGUUUAGCCCGGAGCUUACCGCUACACAAGUUGAGAAACUGAGAGCAUUAUUUAAGCCAAUUACUUCGCUUCCACAAUCGUCAUCAGCAGACAUGAUGUUGAUAACUGGCCCCCUGCCCCUGCUUUUCUGCCGCCUCCAGCACUCCCGGCACAGCCACCUGCUUAUGCACAUUAUCCAACUGCCUAUGUUGCUCCUCCGGCUGCUCAUCCAACUGCCUAUGUUGCCCCUCCGGCUGCUCAUUUAAUGCCACCUGAAGCCUAUGCACCUCCAUGUUCUUCUACUCAACCCACUAUGCGUACUUACCAUGUACCAACAACUGUGUAUGGUUACCAAGCUGGAUAUGCAGCAUGUGAUCCAUUGCCUUCUACCUAUCAAUAUGUGGAAGCGCCCCUUCCAUGUUCUCUUUAUGACCUUUACUCCAUGUCACAGUAUGUUCUAGCUCCUGUCUAUUCUCCUGCCCCCUAUUAUGAGCAUGAUCAAUAUCAAUCUGGCAAUGUCAAUUCUCAUUAUCAGCAAAGCACAUACGAGAGACCUACCUAUGUUGUUGGGCAUGACAUGGAUGCAGCAAACUUGCAACAUGUCACGUAUGGAUCCACUCCAAGCGGUCCAACUGCAGCACAUGGAACAGCGGUAACAAACUUAUAAGCAUCAGCGGUUUGGUCCUGAGGUGAAUCAGCCCCAGCAGGAUGUUACCUACACCGUUCAUGCAGCUGGCAGCAGCACCCAUGGACCUGGCUCGGUAGGGCCGUGUGCAUGCAUACCAGCUACACCAGGGUGCCAGUGAUUGCUAUUUCAAGUUCCGAAAGCAUGAUUGUCGAAGCAAACAGCACUUCUAGGCUGUACUAACUUGCGUCCGCCCAAGGAACUUGGGAUAAAGAACUCAGAGUUGGUAUCGCCUCACAUCCUACUGACACUGAUGGUGGUGUUGAGUUCAGUUCUUCUGGCUUCUGGGUUCUCUAGCCUGGGUAGGUUCUUUCUGACUGGGUAGCUGCUUCUGUUAAAACAAUAUGGAUGUAAAUUUGUUAAGCUGUUAGUGAAAACAGCUUUUGGAUUGGCAAGCAAAUGGUAUGCAUAAUUUGGCAUCAAACCUCUGAA